AUGGAUGUGGCAGCGUCUCCUAGCUUGGAAUCUAUCCUGUCAUUAUGGCCUAUUGCCAGCACUCUGAGCCAGCACCUUCCAGUGGGGGAUCUCAUCAGCCUUGCCAGACUCAGCACUACUCUCCGUGCUCUUCUUCAUGGCUUCGACGAACUAGAGCAAACCAAAGUACCUUUAGACCUUCAUUUGGUUCGAAAGGAGCUACACAUUGGCAAUCAUGGUACCCCAUAUUGGCAGCGACUCAAGGACCUGGCACCGUUCGAGUGCUCGUCUCGGACUCACACCAAAGGACCGGAUCCCAAACCUUGCCGCUACUGUUCCAGGCCAAUUUGCGACGCCUGCAUUGUACGGUCAUCUUUCGCCAGAGGCCACGAAAAUACCUUCCAGAAUCGGACUCGAUAUCUCUGCAGGAAUUGCUGGGACAAUGGAAAUUCAAGUCGAAGCCAACGCUACCCACUGACACCUUCAAAGGAUUCCCACCGUAAAAGGAAAUGGUAUGAUCCAGAUGGCAGCACCCGGGACUAUUGCACGUGUACUCUGAAAGACGAUGGCUGGCUCUGUCUCAGCUGUAAGGAUCUGCAGAAUCGGGAAGCCAUCUCAUCGUCAGAGAUGUAUUGUCAUGGUCAAGACUGCGGCGCACCUCUGGAUGCCGAUAAAGAUCGAAGGAGGAUUUGUCUUUGGUGCAAUAAAGCCCUCCCAAGACAAGUCGGCGGAACUACUAGGUAUCAUUGGAAUCAGAAAAUGAUCGAAGCUCGGGCACGGAAUGCAGCUUCGCGUCAGGCUGACCUCGAAGAGUACAACCGACGACGAUUGAAAUUGAUGCGGAUGUCUCGUCGAGAAAUGCGCGGCGAUGAAGCAGUCAAAGACGACCCAGAUGCUGAUCUCCCUCAGUUUGUACGCCACCUUGACACCAUCAAUUACCGCCGCUAUAUGCCAGACUCAGCCGCUCCAAGUGCCAAUUCUGUAUAUGACUCCAAAAGAGGCUACUGGAGAUACCACAUGGAAUUUCUCCUGUGGAUUAAAAAAUGUUGCGCACAUGUCCCUGCGCCACAACAGUUGAGUAGGUAUGGCAAGCAAAGCGACCAUGGUGCCCUGGUCUUUUCGCGGACGAAUGCAGAGAAGAUGAACGACAAGUAUGACUUAUUGACGAUGAUGCCUUCAAUGGAGGAGGAUCGGACGGAAGAAUGGUGUACUCUGAAAGCGGUGAUCCUCGAACUCCUUCUGGUACGAAAACUCGACUACGAAACAGUAGCACAAACCAUGCACGAAGAGUAUGACUUCAGCGCCACCAUUAAAGAAUAUCGAAAGAUGCUACAUCUGUGGUACUCCCAGGACCGGAUCAGAGAGCACAGAAGAAAAUCCCUGGACCAGGAAGGUGACGGAGAUGGAGAUCUUGGGCCAAGUUCUAACGUGGAAGAAGUGCCGAGGACUGAAUCCGACACCCGGGAUGACCACGUCAUUGUCAUAAGGAAUUGGCGACUCCACGGGGGAACAGUCGUCAUGCCAGACAUGUCAAACAAGGAGGAGAGAGCUGAAAACAGCGAGACCGACUCAGACGUGGACGAUUCUGACGAUUCAACGAGGCUUCCCCAGACGAAACCGCGGCCCAAUUCAACCCAAGAACCAGACUUACCUUCAGGCACGAGCUCUGCCCCUGUUUCCUCAGCGCAACACUCGGCCGACGCAGAAACCACCUCGUCAACCAGCGAGAUUCCAAUACCCGUCCGCUCCACGAUGGAAAACCUCGUCCAUACAGACGAAGAACCCCCGCCGUACACCGCAGAUGGCUGGACAUGGCAAUGA